AUGGGGUACAAUUCAUCUUAUGGAAAACUGCCAGAUUAUCGUCCAAGCCAAGAAAACAUUACUUCAUCUAAUCACACCGCAGGGCUGCUCGGGAAUUCCACACGCAACGAAUUCACAACCAUCGUCUUGCCUGUGCUCUACCUCAUCAUAUUCCUGGCAAGCAUCUUACUGAACGGACUAGCAGUAUGGAUUUUUUUCCACAUCAGAAAUAAAACCAGUUUUAUCUUUUACCUCAAAAACAUCGUGGUUGCAGACCUUCUCAUGACACUGACGUUUCCUUUUAAGAUAAUUCAGGACUCACAACUGGGACCAUGGCACUUUAACUCUUUUCUAUGCCGAUAUACCACAGUUUUGUUUUAUGCAAACAUGUAUACUACAAUUGUGUUCCUGGGACUCAUCAGUAUUGACCGGUACCUGAAAGUCGUGAAGCCAUUUGGCGACUCCAGGAUGUACAGCAUUACCUUCACCAAGGUCCUCUCUGCCUGCGUGUGGGUCGUCAUGGCCUUCCUAGCUUUACCGAACCUGAUCCUCACAAACGGCUACCCGACGAAGAAAAACAUAGACGACUGCAUAAAACUUAAAUCGCCCCUGGGAGUAAAAUGGCAUACAGCCGUCAUUUAUAUCAAUAGCGGCACGUUUGUGGUGGUGCUGAUAGUAUUGAUAGGAUGUUAUAUUGCAAUAUCCAGGUACAUUUAUAAAUCAAGCAAACAAUUUAUUAGCUCAUCAAGCAGAAAGAGGAAGCAUAAUCAAAGUAUAAGGGUUGUUGUGGCUGUAUUUUUCACCUGUUUUCUGCCAUACCAUUUGUGCAGAAUACCCUUUACUUUUAGCCAUCUAGAUAAACUUUUAGAUGACUCUGCACAUAAAAUGUUAUACUAUUGCAAGGAAAUGACGCUGUUCUUGUCUGCAUGCAAUGUUUGUCUGGAUCCAAUAAUUUACUUUUUCAUGUGUAGAUCAUUUUCACGCAGGCUGUUCAGAAAAUCAAAUAUGAGAACAAGGAGUGAGAGUAUCCGAUCCCUUCAGAGUGUGAGACGAUCAGAAGUGCGUAUAUACCACGAAUACACCGAUGUCUGA